AUGGCUCGAAAAUCAUCGAAACGCAAGCCGUCAAGUCCUGACCACACCAACGGCAAUAGUGCUAAAAGGUCGAGGAAUGCCAAUGGCCUCCGCGAACCACAUCCCUUAGCUGCGGAAGCUGAAAGGCAUGGCAUCGUGCUUCGCAAAUACUAUCCACCAGAGAUGAGCAAUGCGCGAGCUCGCGCAUACAAUAAUAACGAGAUUCCACGUCCCAUGGAGGACCUCGUCACUGCUCUGUAUAAUACCACAGAGCAACGCCAGAGGGUGGAAGCCAAGGAUUCUGUAAUCCAUUGGUUCAAAACAGAUUUGCGGUGUAACGACAACAGAGCCCUUGCCCUGGCCAGCGAAAAGGCAAAGGAGGCCGCUGUGCCCCUGAUUUGCAUGUACAUUGUCAGCCCACAAGACUUUGAAGCGCACCUGACCUCGCCUGUGCGUGUCGACUUUAUUCUGCGAACUCUUGAAAUUGUAAAGAGGGAUCUGGCAAAAUUGGAUAUCCCCCUCUAUAUCGAAACGGUGGAGAGGAGGAAGCAGAUCCCUGAUAGAAUAUUGGAGUUGAUGGAGCAGUGGGGAAGCCGACACUUGUUUGCAAACAUGGAAUAUGAGGUGGAUGAGCUUCGCCGGGAAGCAAACAUGGUUCACGACCUUGCAGAGAACGGCAAAUCGUUUGAAGUCGUUCACGACACCUGCGUUGUGCCGCCUGGGCAGUUGCAAAGUGGCUCUGGGAAUCAAUAUGCUGUCUAUUCGCCAUGGUAUCGAUCAUGGGUUGCUCAUAUCCAUGCCGAUUUGGACUUGCUUGAAUUAUUUGAUCCCCCAAAUAAAAACCCCGGAACGGCGAGAAAACGGUUCAAAGACCUGUUUGAUUGCGCUGUUCCAGAGGCACCAUCAAACAAGCAGCUCACAAAGGAGGAAAAACGGAGAUUCCAUUCCCUGUGGCCUGCUGGUGAGAAUGCUGCAAAGGAGAGACUGGACAAAUUUUGUGAAGAAAAGAUUGGUGGCUAUAGCGACAACAGAAACAUUCCUGCACAAGAUGGAACGUCCUCUCUGUCGGUACACCUGGCUAGCGGAACUAUCAGCAGUCGUACGUGCGUACGCACAGCUAGGGACAGAAAUAAGACGAAGAAACUAGACGGUGGCAAUGAAGGUAUUCGAGUUUGGAUAAGCGAAGUCGCUUGGCGUGACUUUUACAAACAUGUUCUCGUCCAUUGGCCCUACAUAUGCAUGAAUAAGCCAUACAAGCCAGAAUACUCCAACAUUGCCUGGUCUUACAACGAAGAGCACUUCAAAGCUUGGUGUGAGGGUCGCACUGGGUUUCCCAUUGUCGAUGCUGCAAUGCGACAGCUCAACCACAAUGGCUACAUGCAUAAUCGCUGUCGAAUGAUCGUUGCCUCAUUCUUAUCAAAAGAUUUGCUCAUUGAUUGGCGCAAGGGCGAGCGAUAUUUCAUGGAGCAUCUCAUUGAUGGCGACCUUGCCAGCAACAACGGCGGCUGGGGAUUCAGUGCUAGCGUCGGCGUUGACCCUCAGCCAUACUUUCGAAUCUUUAACCCGCUUCUCCAGAGCGAGAAGUUUGAUCCGGAAGGGGUGUAUAUCCGUAAAUGGGUACCAGAACUGCAAGAUUUAGACAGCAAGGAAAUCCAUGAUCCAUAUGGCCGAGGAGCAGGCGCCAAGGCAAAGAAGGCGGGAUACCCGAAGCCAAUUGUCAAUCACAAAGAUUGUAGAGACAGGGCCUUGAACGCAUACAAGGAGGGAAUCGCCAAUGGCAUGUAG